AACUAAUUUCAUAGGUCACGUACCGGUACCAAGACUCUCAACGAGGCUCUUGCUAUCCUUCUCGAUGGCCCCGUUCACGACUCGGGGAUCCAGUCCCUUGGAGGCCCCGUUGAUCAGAUAAAAGCCUGGCUCGAUAUCAUGGAGCUUGCCCCAAAGGCCCGGACGUUCUCGGAACAGAAGAAACUCGAUUGGCUCAUCUCAGAAGUGCUCGACGGCUACGUUGCAACCAUGGAUUGCCCCGCUGCUACCCUCACGCCGGAGAUCAUGCGAGUCUACCCCGAUGCCAUCGUAAUAGCCACCACAAGAGACCAGGCCUCCUGGUGGAGGAGCAUGAAUUAUUUAAACAGUCUUAUGGGGACGUGGUAUCUUCCCCUGGUGGUCUUAUGGCUACAUAAGACGCAAGUUUACGGCGUAUGGCGCGAACGAUUCCACCAAAUAAUGCUGUGGCGCUAUAACCAGGAGAAGAUUGAAGAGGAUACGCUUCGCAAGCACGAGGAACAUCUGAGACAGGUCGUACCUCCCGAGAAGCUGUUCUUUUAUGAAGUCAGUCAGGGAUGGGAACCAUUAUGCAAGAUAUUGAACCUUCCCAUCCCAGGCCGUCCGUUCCCACACAACAACAGCAAAGGCGAUGCCGCACAAACUUUCCGAGACCAUAUCAUAGCAGGAAUACUGUCGUGGAUGUUCGUACUUAUACUAUUUAGUAUGGUUAUUUGGGUUGUUAGGUCUUGGAUCCUUCAACGAUUCUUUUGAUGAGCAUAAACCGGCUAGAAACCAAAUUUGAUGGAUAAUAAUGUACUACGUAGUCAAUGCAACAACGUCUAAUUGAAAUACCUACCUUAGGUACUUGCUUACCUCGGUAGAUAAUACCACAUUGUCAGUCUUGGUAUGCAAGAUAUUAGGGCGCUGAAUUUUUGAUCCAAGUUCCGAUGCCCUGUCACUAUGCCGCAUAGGUAUUAACUGAACGAAGUGUUAGUAAGAAAGUGACACCAUUACCAAUA